CACGCACAAAGGCACAGUAGGAGGUGUCCCAUGUGUCGAUAAAACAAGUCAGACUCAAGAUCUAAUUGAGAUGCCUCCACCGACGAAACGGCGGAAAACAGAACCCAGCGCGGUGGAAGAAAUCAACUUUGACCUGGCGGCGAGGCAAGAAUACCUGACAGGAUUCCACAAGAGGAAGGUGCAGAGGGCCAAACAGGCCCAGGAAGCAGCGGAGAAGAGAGCGAGAGCCGAGAGAAUAGAAGAGAGAAGAAAAUUACGAGAAGAGCGAAAGGCGGACCUUGAAAGGCAUGUCGCCGAAGUGAAUGCCAUGUUGGCCCCAGCCGAUGAUUCUCAUGUCGAAGCAGAGGGAUCUGGAACAGACGAUGAAUGGGCCGGGCUGGAAGACGAAGAGCAGCCGCCUCCGGUGGACCAUGAGGCAGAAUACAUUGACGAAGAUAAAUACACUACUGUGACGGUAGAAGCCAUGGACGUCUCGAAAGAAGGCUUAUUCAAAGCCCAGCAGGAUCAAAAUGAUACAGAUGACCCUGAAGAUCCCCCGCUGUCAGAGCAAGUCGAAGGGACGGAUACAAAAAAGCGGACUUGGACCAAAGAAAAGCCAAAGGACAAGGACAAAGCCAAGGCCAGAAAAAAGAAGAGGAAUUUCAGGUACGAGUCCAAGGCGGAACGAAGAGUGACAAGGGUCAAAGAAAAGUCUCGAGGCCGGAAGCAGGCUCAAGAACGGCGCAAGGGGCCUUAG